ACAUUUCAAGAACAACUCCAAAGAGCAACAAAGAAUUUAAAGAAAGAAAAUGAGAGAAGAGGGUCCAUCCAAUGGUGAGAAGAAGAGUGAUGAUGAUGAGGUUGGGAUGAUGAUGAUUCCAUGUUUGGAUUUUUCCUUCAAUAAGAAAAAUAAUAAUAAUGGGUUGGGAUCAUUAGAGGAGUGGAAGAAAAUGAUGAGCAAGAAAGUGAGAGAAGCGUGUGAAAAGCAUGGUUACUUUGUGUUAGUGUGUGAUGAUGAUGAAAUAGUUCCAAAGGUUUUAAGAGAAAAGAUGUUGAUGGGGUUAAAGGAAUUGUUUGAUUUACCUGAAGAAACAAAAAAGAAGCAUCAAAGCACAACAAAGCCAUAUAGUAGCUACACUAGUAGUGAUUGCCCUGUUAUUCCUCUCAAUCAAAGCUUUGGUGUUUGUGAUAGCCAUGUCUUCCAUGUUUCUCAAGAAUUCACCAAUCUCAUGUGGCCUCAUGGCAACCCAUCUUUCUGUGAGACAAUGAAUUCCGUAAGUUCAAAGUUGGUGGAACUGAAUUACAUGAUCUUGAAGAUGAUUGAAGAGGGUUAUGAGCUUCCAAAGCACUACACUUGGGACAUUGAAGACAUGCUAAUGAAGGGUACCGUUUUUUUGCGUCUAAUGAAGUACAAAAGUCCAAGCAAAGAAGGUGAAAUUGGAUUGGUGACUCACACUGACAAAAACACCUUAACUAUUCUUUGCCAAAAUGAUGUGCAAGGUCUUGAGGUGCAAACCAAAACUGGAAAAUGGAUUCAAGUAGAGAUACCCCAAAAUGCCUAUGUGGUCGUUGUUGGUGACAUAUUGAAGGCAUGGAGCAAUGGUAGAUUACAUGCGGUUAGACAUAGAGUGAGAAUGAAAGGAGACAAAGAAAGAUACUCAUUUGGAGUGUUUACAAUGCCUAAGGAUGAAGCCAAGAUUGAGGUGCCACCUGAGUUGAUUGAUGGCAACACUCAUCCCUUACGUUAUCACCCAUUCACUUAUGGAGACUACAUCAAAUUCUUUGUUUCAAAUCUCAAUGAGAAUGCACUUGAUGAAUUUGCUGCUCUUUAAUUUCGUUAUUGUUUGUUUGUUUGUUUGUUUAUGAUGCAUGCUAUUAUAUUAUGGCAUUUGUGUGUGUAUAUGAUUUAUAGUUAAUUAUGAUAUUAUUUUAUCAAUAAAGUAUGUAUGUAUGUGUGUCUGAUAAUAAAGUGUUCGAAAUUUAUUGAUUGAACGAAUUCAUUGUAAGCCAACUCUUAUAGUGAUGUGAAUAUAUA